AUGAGAGCCUCUUCCCAGCCGUGUCCACAGGCAUGCCUCUCUCUGGCCCCUCAGCCUCUGCCCAGCUCAGGCCAGUGUUACCAAGCUCUUUUUGCUCUGCAGAUAAGUGCCCAAAGGCACCCCAGUCCGGCAGCAGGCCCCCUGCUCGAAGGUGCUCAGCUUUCUUGCUUCAUGGGCCAGCAAGCCCACCGCGCUGUCUCCUGCAGGUCUCCUGCUGCCUCUGCUGCCACUGUUUUCACUGCUGCUGCUUCUCGCUACCUCUCGCCGUCUCUGGUGUUACAGCUCUCUCUCUGUCUCCUGGGUCAAGGAGGUUCUCAGUGCAGUGAUUCCUGGUCCAGAGGACAUGGCAUGCUCUGCUCCCUUCUCUUCUUGGUGGUCACGAGGUCCCCUUCUCUGCUCUGGAAUUGGCUCCCUUUUAAGCCUAGUGGAAUGUGGUUACCAAUGACUCAGGAGCUGAGUUUCCAAAAAUUUAUUGAACAGUCUGGCUUACUAGAAGAAUUUAAAUAUGACUUCAAUGACAAAGCUGAAUUGAGACACACUGAGACACAACAGCCUUUUGUCUUUAACUAUUAUAAAAAUGUCCUGGAGAAAAAUUGCAAGCGCUACCAGACCCUCGGCCAUUUGUUUGAACAAUACAUCUACGAGCUUUUGGAGAAAGUGUGCAAAUUGCAAAAAGUGUAUAUCCCACUUGCUGAUAAAGAACCAAGAAGUUUCUUUUUCAUGAGUGAGAGCACAUUAACGAGACAUCAUUCUGCUCUUCUUGUCCUUCUUCAAGACCAUGGGGUCUUCCGAGCGGGACAGUGGAGUCAACAAGCGAUAAUACGUCAUGGUCUCCAACAUGGAAGUCAGAUACCGUGUAUUCAAAUGGCAUUACAGGCACAUUACGGUGUAAUUGUGCCAAACCUCAAUGACAGUUUUGUGGGUGUAAAGAUGGAAAAAGAGUGGAAAAGCCUUCUAGCACAAAAUAUUGAGCCCUCUUCCCUAAAAAUGGUUCAAACUGAGAGCUUUUUAUCUCUCCAGCAGCCUCCCCAGUAUGUUCCAGAUAAAUGCAGCAACACCCCGGAAGAACACAUGGCUUACAUUUGGGAUUACUUCAUUUCAAAGACUGAAGGAAAGGAUGUUGCCUUCCUUGUACAUGGUUACGGAGGCUUCGUUUUUAUGGACCUGCUGGUUCGUAGAAAGUGGGAAGUGAUGAGCAAAGUAUAUGCUGUUGCAUUUAUUGACUCUGAACACCAUGUGGGACACCAACUAGGAAGUGAUGUACAGUUAUUAGCAUGGAUAAGGCACCACUGCCGUGAAUGGGUGACAAGUCCUAAGCCUUUGGAUAAACCUGCAGCUACUGUUUUGAAAAAGGAGUUUCCUAUGGUUUCUGCUGGUACAGAAGAACACAGCUUAGCCCCUUCCUCUAGCCUAGAGUCCAUUUUUAAAUACUUUAAAAAAGCUUUGAAAGCCAAAACAACUGUUAAUUUCUCUCGAAUUCCAAUAGCAACUAGAAGCUCCACAAAAAGAAAGCAAAGCGCCUAA